UAUAAUUGAUUCUUUGUAGUUUGUACCACUUGUACUAUAUUAUUCGAUUAAUAAAAAAUAAAAAAACUAAUCAAUAAUUAGCUUUUUUGCCUAAUAAAAUUUUAAAAUCACUUUCCUUCUUUUUAAGAAAUAAACAAACUAGUAAUUGAUCAAUAAUCAACUAAUUGUAAAAAUAAAUUUAUGCCUUAAAUUGCUUGCAACACACAGGGUGUAAAUUAUUUUUUGGCAAACAUUUUAAGAAAAUUAAAAGGAUAAGUUUAAUUAAUCUACUUUUAAAAUUUUUAUGUCAACCUGACAACUAUAACUUUUUUUAAAAAGAAUUAUAUACACCGGAUGCAAGGUGCACUCAAGAGUAUUUUCUACUCAUUUAGUAAUAUCUUUUGCUCGUUUUAAAAUCUUAAAAUAAGAAAAAAUAUAUCAAAUGAUUAAUAAAAAUAAAAAAUAAAAAAAAACCACCUAUCUCUAUGUACAGUUAAAUGUAUAUAAAAACAUUUUAGAUAGAAUUUUUAUGUGUCAGAUUCCCCCUAAAAGGACCAGAGGCCCCCCAUAACUGGAAUAUACCACAUUUGAUGCAAUUAAGAAUUUUAAUCAUUAUUGUUAAUAAAACUUCAGACUUUGUAAACCCUUUGAUAAUUUAUAUUUAAAUCUUUAUUUAAAAUAGUAACCCUUCAACUCUACAAAUGUAUAUUCACCCUUUUCUCCAAACUUCCAUUCAAUAAAAUAUGAUUAUGGAUGAUACCCGUUGGGAUCUUCAUUGGCCUCAUUAUCACCUUUUACAUUGUCAACGUUACAUACUAUACGAGUAUAUAUACUCUACGAAGUACUUGUAUCCAACAACGUAAACUAAUACAACAAUACAUAUAUACAAACAACACCUUAGUUACAAACCCUAAAACCAAAAAAAAAUAAAAAUAAAUAAAAAUAAAAACAAAAAAAGUUCAUCUAUGGCUACUGGUGAGCCCGGAAGCUCCAUGCAUGGAGUCACCGGAAGGGAACAAUCGUACGCCUUCUCGGUCUCCCCCUCCACGGUCCCAAUAGACCCGACGGCCAAGUUUUCUUUGCCCGUCGAUUCAGAGCACAAGGCCACAAGGCUUAAGAUAUUCUCCUUGGCAAAGCCUCACAUGACCACAUUCCACCUUAGUUGGAUAUCAUUUUGUGCGUGUUACAUAUCCACUUUCGCGGCUGCUCCCUUGGUUCCUAUUAUUAGGGACAACCUUGACCUUACUAAGAGGGAUAUUGGUAAUGCUUCGGUUGCAUCCGUCUCAGGAAGUGUCUUCUCUAGGCUAGUCAUGGGAACCGUGUGUGACCUCAUGGGACCAAGGUACGCUUGUGCGUUCUUAGUCAUGUUGACCGCCCCUACGGUCUUCUGCAUGUCGGUUAUAGACGAUGCAGCUGGAUACGUGGCGGUGAGGUUUAUGAUAGGUUUUUGUCUAGCCACUUUCGUGUCGUGCCAAUAUUGGAUGAGUACCAUGUUUAAUGGACGGAUCAUUGGGUUGGUUAAUGGAACGGCGGCAGGGUGGGGAAAUGUGGGAGGCGGUGCAACCCAACUUCUUAUGCCUUUGGUUUUCGAGAUCAUCCGGCGUGCAGGAGCUACACCAUUUAUAGCAUGGAGGAUUGCCUUCUUUCUACCAGGAAUGUUACAUAUUAUUAUGGGUAUUUUGGUGCUAGCACUUGGUCAAGACUUGCCUGAUGGUAACCUUGGUGCCUUACAAAAAAAGGGUGAGGUUGCCAAAGAUAAAUUCUCUAAGGUACUUUGGUAUGCAAUAUCCAACUACCGUACAUGGAUCUUUGUGCUCCUCUAUGGCUAUUCUUUGGGUGUGGAGCUAACAACUGAUAAUGUCAUUGCAGAAUACUUUUUUGACAGAUUCAACCUCAAGUUGCACACAGCAGGAAUCAUCGCAGCUAGUUUUGGAAUGGCUAACUUAUUUUCCCGCCCCUUAGGAGGGCUAGCUUCCGACUACAGUGCACGUUACUUCGGUAUGAGAGGCCGACUUUGGACCCUUUGGACCUUCCAGACCUUGGGUGGUCUCUUCUGCGUAUGGCUAGGCUUAGCCAAGACCCUACCCACUGCCAUCGUAGCACUAGUCCUUUUCUCACUAGGGGCUCAAGCCGCGUGUGGGGCAACCUAUGGGGUCGUCCCCUUCAUAUCUCGACGAUCCCUAGGGAUCAUCUCGGGCCUCACGGGUGCAGGAGGCAACAUUGGAUCCGGAUUGACUCAAUUUAUAUUUUUCACCGCGGGUAGUUUUAGCACUCACCGAGGUCUUACCUACAUGGGAAUCAUGACUAUUGCGUGCACAUUGCCCGUGACCUUGGUGCAUUUUCCGCAAUGGGGUAGUAUGUUCUUACCCCCUACUAAGAAUGCUAAUGAGGAGGCUUACUAUGUUGCUGAGUACGACGACGACGAGAAGAGAAAGGGAAUGCAUGAAGGAAGUGUCAAGUUUGCUGAAAGUGCCCGAUCUGAGCGAGGUGGGAAGUCUGCUGCGGCUACCCCUACACAACGUCCCAACCCUAACAAUAUUUAAUAAGUUACUUUCGUAUUUUAUUUGCUUUUGGCUUAAACAACAAUGAUAUGAGAUUAUGAUGAACUCCUGUAGUAAAUUAUUGGAGUUUGUUUUAUUUUUAUGUUUGGUUUCUUUUUUUUAUAUAUAUCAUAUAUACUUUUGGAUUUUUGGCUCAAGAGUUAUGGAGAUAACCUUGUAGCAAGUGAAUUUUGCUUGCAAUAACUUACAUACAUGUAUACUAUUACUUCUGUAUCUUCAACAGUUCUUGCCAACUUUAAUUUAAUUUAGAGGUCUUUCCUAGCCUUAUAAUGGCUAAGGUAUGUGCCUCUUUAAUCUUGUUUUUUUUGUUCAA